AUGGCAUCACGUUGUACCAUUUCACGAAUAUAUUUUAUAAAAACGAGCCCUUGGAACCUCCUGCAUGAUGGGAUCCUGUGCAUUCUUCAUACUCGACAUUUUGCCGCCAUGAAGACCCAACGCGAUGAGAAGACUGUUGAUCUUGCUCAACUCUUGCUUGACUUGGAUUUAGGAGCUCCUGUCAACGUCAAGGGCAUCGAUAGUGACUUCCACGUCAGUGUCUUUAUCGAGGUUGAUGAAAAUGGCAUUCGUGUCCGCAUGAUUGACAACCAGGGGAACGUUAGGGUGCCGCCAUGCAAAACUACAUACCCAUUCUCAAAGAGACUACGAUGGACUCGCAAGCGUCAAAAUGAUGACAUCCAGCGGCAAAUGCGGUCUCUGGACCCUCGAGGCUUGCUGUUUUUCUAUUUCAUUCGAUCUCUCACGCUGCAAAACGACGCCUUUACUGGCGAACGAGGGGAGACAAAGCAGUGGUCGAGAAGGGCUAGUUGGCGCCCUGUAGAAGAUGAGAGUCAUUGUGUCGAGCUACGCAGUUGCACUCAGGUCGUCCGUCAUGCUCGCAAGGGCAAAGGGGGCCACGCCGAAAGCCCAAAAACUUCCGAAAACACAACCCGGUUUCAUGUGAUAAAAAAAUCUAUCUUGGAUAGCGGCGCCCGUAACUGCCUUGCUAUGGCCUUUCCAGUUUGUCAGCAUGGGGUUGGUCCGUGGACAAAGGAUGAAGACAGCUUCUCCUAUGCUUACAGGAAACCCAGUCCGUUCAAGUUUCUCAUACAUGCAGACAGAUGGGGUGUACCUGACCACACAAAACCCCACCGACGAAUACACCAAGACCAUAAGAUGACCGACUUCCACACCCGGGCCAUGGCCAAAUGUUUCAAGGACUUGUCCGAGAUUCCUUCGCUUCGAUAUACCUGGAUCCAGUUCCUCCCGUCCAUGGAACUUCUCAAAAGUUAUGAUACACGGCAGGGGAAUGGGAUCUGCAGAGACGGUGGAGUCUGCGCGACACUGCCUCGUUGGCUUUCCGUCCUCCCUGUCCUCGAAACCGAAGAUGACCCUGACCGACAGGAGCUCCACGCCAUGAGCGACCUUCGCCUUGCUCUCGCUGAGGGUCCCGAUCCCGAGAACGAAACCUCAGUCCCGGAGGUCUUGAACGGACCCCUCACAUUCCCCGAGCCUUCUGCUCGGCUUCCAAGCUCUCGCAUAACAAGGCGUCAGAGCGGCAAUCUCGCCGCCAGUCCCAACACCACACCGACACUCGCGUCUCUGUCCUUAUCCUCAAAAUACCGCCGAAGUGACCUAGAAGUCGUGCUAAGCGACUACGCCCUCAACCUCUUCCCAACAGAAGCAGCCAUCACCAACAUCCUUGAGUCUCUUGUCAAAGAAAGCAAAACCGCAGCCUGGUACUCGAGAUUCUUUUUCCUCCGCCCCCAAAACGAAGCCUGGCACUCUCGAACCUCUCGGUUUCUGUUGUUAGCAUACACAAAAACGCUUGAGCGUUCUCGCUUUGAAGCCGGACAUCACGAUGAGUGGAGGAGGCUUGUCAAGUCUAUACACUUUAUCCCGCUUAACUCGGGAAAGCUGCAGUCGGUAGAGGAGAACAUGCGUGUUGGGUUGUAUGCACCUGAGGAUAAAAAGGGGAGGCGGUUAGUGGAGUUUGGGGGUGAUUGGACGAAGCUGGAGAUCCCAGUGAUAGCGCUUGGUGCGUGGAAUAAUCCAGAGUGUAGGAAGUUGAUUGAGAAGGUGAGGUAUGUUGCUAGGAAAUAG